AUGGCAGAUUCAUUCUUCCGAGACCUCAUUGAUGAAUGGGAUAACGACGAGGACACUGCUCUUCCAAUCCUCGAUGACAAGAAGCUACACCAUUACGCGGACCGCGUUCUUGACCAGCAUUUUCACGAAGGUCAUCUCACUUACUCCACGUCUAUUGAUCGAUAUCUCCAGUACCUUGCUGAGAAUGAACUGGACAACUCGCCUGAAGUCUUUAGGGAGUCACUUCAUGACCAUAUCAACCUAUACUGGCGUGGACGUGGUGAACAGGUCAUUGCACUAGGAGAAUUGGCUGUGGAUGAGGACGAAGUUGACACAUCCUCAACUGUGUUUGAUAUUGGUGAGAGUACAAUUUCGAAUGCAGUCCUACCAAGCUCAGAGCUUGGGUCUGAGUACUCUGGACAGUGUCCAUCCUCAGAUCUGACUAUGACCGACUCUUCCAGUGUGAAGGAGAGUUCUGCUAUGGACAUUGAACCGCAGAACAGCAACAAGUUUGAGAGUGUCCGUCGAUCACUGGACAACAAGCUGUGCAGCUGUGGUGGAAUUCGCAAAGUAUUUCGCAGGUUUGCCUCACCAGAUCAGGCUCAGCUUGUUCAUUCCAUCCUUCUUUCUGAGCACCAUCAUCUUGUGGAUCCUCUGGUGGUUUACAACAAUGAAAUGUUCAGAAUGAGUGUGGACAAGUUUGAAGGAUUAUGUUCCAAAGAAGCGAAGAAGACUCACCUGAAACUCUACCGGGCUCCACUGCGAUUUGUCCCUGCUCCAACUUCAGGAGCGCAGGCUACCGCUCCUCUUCCUGUUGACGCCUACUUUCUUGGAAUCUGGAUGGGAGAUGGCACAGCUACAGCUGCAGAGGUUGCAUCUUCAGAUCGUGAAACUGAAGUCUGGCUGCAUGAAUUGAUCAUGGAAGCUGGAGAACAAGACCGUCUUGCUUUCAUUGCUGGUCUAGUGGAGAGUGAUGGUUGCUAUGUUAAGAGUCAUAAUGCUUACAGAGUGAUCCAGAUGGGAGAUGACCACAAGAAGAUUAUUUAUGAUCUGAAGGAUUUAGCUCUGUCUUGCGGGAUUGCUGUUACUGGGGUUGAUAUUCAGGACAAUUCUGUGUCUGGACAAAGCUUUCGCCGCCAGGAUGGUACCUUUCCUAAGACGUAUAUUGUAUAUCUCGGAAAAGGCUCAGAAAAAUUCCAACACCACCUCAAGAUUCCCCGAAAGCGGAUGACAUUCACUCGAGAGUACUACAACCAGGAUUGUCGCCCCAUCAGAUCGAUUGAGCAUGUCACAGGUUCCUACCGUGGAAUUGAAGUCUCAGGUCACGAAUUCCAGCUAGAGAAUCGCACUAUGGUCAGCAACUGCCAUCUCAACACAUGCCCAGUCGGUAUCGCUACCCAGGACCCCGAGCUCAGGAAGAAGUUCACCGGUACACCCGAGCACGUGAUCAACUUCUUCUACUAUAUUGCCAACGAGCUCCGUGCGAUCAUGGCAAAGCUUGGUUUCCGUACCAUCAACGACAUGGUCGGCCACUGCGAGGUCUUACGUGUUCGUGAUGACCUUCGCACUGCAAAGACUGAGAACAUUGAUCUGUCCUUGAUCCUGACACCAGCACACACUCUUCGCCCUGGUGUUGCCACCUUCAACGUUCGCAAGCAGGACCAUCGUCUUCACGUGCGCCUUGACAACAAGCUCAUUGCAGAGUCUGAGCUCGCUCUUGAGAAGGGUCUCCCUGCUCGCAUCGAAUGCGAUGUCAUCAACACCGACCGUGCUCUUGGAGCCACUCUCUCCUACCAGAUCAGCAAGCGCUACGGCGAGGCUGGUUUGCCACAAGACACGAUUCACGUGAACAUUCGUGGAUCUGCUGGUCAGUCCUUUGGAGCUUAUCUCGCACCUGGUAUUACCCUGGAGCUUGAGGGUGAUUCCAACGAUUAUGUCGGCAAAGGUCUGUCUGGUGGCCGUCUGAUUGUUUACCCACCCAGAAAUGCCGUCUACCGCGCUGAAGAGAACGUUCUCAUUGGCAACGUAUGUCUGUAUGGAGCCACGAGCGGCACUUGCUUCUUCCGCGGUAUCGCUGCUGAACGUUUCUGCGUUCGUAACUCCGGUGCUACCGCCGUCGUUGAGGGUGUCGGUGACCACGCCUGCGAAUACAUGACUGGAGGUCGUGUUCUCGUCCUCGGCUCCACUGGGCGCAACUUUGCUGCCGGUAUGUCCGGUGGUAUCGCUUACGUCCUUGACAUUCACCAGGACUUCGAGCAGAAAGUCAACCAGGAGAUGGUCGAACUCUCUGGCAUUGAGGAGCCUGAGGAGAUUGCAUUCCUUCGCGGCCUGAUUGAGGAUCAUCACCACUAUACUGGCUCUGAGCUGGCUGCUCGUAUUCUCCUCGACUUCACCCGCGCACUGCCUCGCUUCGUGAAAGUCAUGCCUGUCGACUACAAGCGCGUACUGUUGGAGGAGAAGGCCAAGGCUGCUGAGAAGAAGAAGUCUGAGUACCCUCUACCCCUCCUCGCUGGCAACCCUGUUCGCACUGCGCACGAGGACUCUCGCAAGGCCGAACACGAGCACGAAGCCAAGGAGAAGAAGAAGAGCGACCUGCUCGACAUCGAAGAGAGUGUCACAGACGCAAAGGCCGAGAAGAAGAAGGCACUUGUCUUGGACAAGACCCGCGGUUUCAUGAAGUAUCAACGCCGAUCCGAGAAGUACCGCAACCCCAAGACACGUACUCGUGAUUGGCAAGAGCUGUCGCAGCGUCUCAACGAGGACGAGCUGAAGUACCAAUCCGCCCGUUGCAUGGACUGUGGUGUUCCCUUCUGCCAGUCCGAUACAGGUUGCCCUAUCAGUAACAUUAUCCCUAAGUGGAACGAGCUUGUUUUCCAGGGCCAAUGGCGCGAUGCUCUCAACCGACUACUUAUGACUAACAACUUCCCUGAAUUCACUGGUCGUGUCUGCCCUGCUCCUUGCGAGGGUGCUUGCGUUCUCGGAAUCAACGAGGACCCCGUUGGAAUCAAGUCCAUCGAGUGCGCCAUCAUCGACCGUGGAUUCGAAAUGGGCUGGAUGGUUCCAUCGCCGCCCCAGAACCGUUCCGGAAAGACCGUCGCCAUCAUCGGUUCCGGCCCUGCUGGUCUGGCUUGCGCAGAUCAGCUCAAUAAGGCUGGCCACACUGUGACCGUCUACGAGCGUGCCGACCGUGUCGGUGGUUUGCUCAUGUAUGGUAUUCCAAACAUGAAGCUCGACAAGAAGGUUGUCCAGCGCCGUGUUGACUUCCUUGCAUCAGAGGGCGUCACUUUCAAGACUGGUGUUACUGUCGGCGAGGAAGGUCAAGUUACCCUCGACUCCCUUCGUGGCGAGUUCGACGCGGUUGUGUUCGCAACUGGUGCUACCGUAGCUCGUGACUUGCCCAUUCCCAACCGCAACUUGGACGGCAUUCACUACGCCAUGCAGUUCCUGCACAAGAACACCAAGUCGCUCCUCGACUCCGAAUUGGCUGAUGAUGCCUACAUCUCUGCCAAGGACAAGCACGUCGUUGUCAUUGGAGGUGGUGACACGGGUAACGACUGCAUCGGUACUUCCGUCCGCCACGGUGCCAAGUCUGUUGUCAACUUCGAGCUGCUGCCUCAGCCUCCGCCAGAGCGUGCCCGCGACAAUCCAUGGCCACAGUGGCCCCGUAUCUUCCGUACCGACUAUGGUCACAACGAAGUCAAGACCCACAUGGGCAAGGACCCGCGCGAGUACUGCGUCAUGUCCAAGGACUUUGUUGACGAUGGCAACGGCAAGGUCAAGGGUAUUAACACCGUCCGUGUUGAGUGGACCAAGUCCGCCAGUGGCGGCUGGGACAUGAAGCACGUCGAGGGCAGCGAGCAAUUUUUCCCCGCAGACAUCGUGCUGCUCUCCAUGGGCUUUUUGGGACCCGAGCAACGUGUCAUGAACGACGCGAUCGAGCUUGACCCACGCAAGAACAUCAAGACUCCUCCUGGCAAGUACAACACCAACCUGCCCGGUGUCUUCGCCGCUGGUGAUUGCCGUCGCGGUCAGUCACUCAUCGUCUGGGGCAUCAACGAGGGUCGCCAGUGUGCUCGCGAGGUUGAUACAUUCCUUACUGGCUACGCCACUCAACUGCCCGUCACUGGUGGUAUCGUCAAGGCCACUCCCCUGCAACUGGGCAAGAACAGCGGCGCUGCUAUUCCUGUGGCUGCUUAGACCAUUUGUACGACUAUAAUGUGUAACGAAAGAAAAAGGCCACGAAAAGACGGGUCACAAUUCGGGGGUUUUCGGGCCACAGAUGUAUGAUGUGGGUUGGAGUUGGCAUUGGGAAUCUUUAUCGCAUAUUUUCCUCUCGUUUUGCCUGCAAGAUACCUCUUUCAAGUUUGUGGAGUCAUCUGGGCGGCAUUUGCAUUGUACUAUGUUUUACAAGAUUUUCGCACCAAUUUGUGUAUAUAAGCGAAUUGAAUUUGAUUGUUACGUUUGAAA